GUAGGAACAGAAAGAGUAGAGCGCAGGUAUUUUUUUUCAAUCUGAGGAAGCAAGACGGCUGCUUCAUUUUUCUCGGAGACAAAGGCCGAAUCCCACUGUUCCAAUCGGAGAUAGUUUUUCUUCUUUUCAUUUCCGAUCUUCUCGUCCCUGUGAUUCUUGUACAAUAGGUCAGAUUUGGUCUCGCGAUCCUCAGCUGAUCGACGUGCUGCUGGGGGGAGCGGAGGAAGGGAUGAGCGGGCACUGGGAUCGAAUUAGGGCAUCCACGGUGCGGCUUGGCGGGAACAGCAGCGCUUCGUUGAGUGGUAACUCGUUUGGGGAUGGGGGACUCCGGCAUACCUCGUCCCAGACGGUGCGACUUGGCCGGAUCCAGCCGCAGCACCCGAGCCAUCGCACGAUCUUCUGCAACGAUCGGGAGGCUAAUCUUCCCGUUAGGUUUAAGGGAAAUUCUGUGUCAACUACAAAGUACAACGUCUUUACAUUUUUACCAAAAGGAUUAUUUGAACAGUUCAGGCGGGUUGCAAAUUUAUAUUUUCUGAUGAUCUCAAUAUUGUCAACCACCCCAAUCAGUCCUGUUCACCCCAUUACAAAUGUGGUUCCACUUAGCCUUGUUCUCCUGGUCUCUCUUGUCAAGGAAGCGUUUGAGGACUGGAAACGUUUGCAGAAUGAUAUGUCUAUUAAUAACACUCCAGUUGAUGUAUUACAAGAUCAGAAGUGGGAGUCUGUUCCUUGGAAAAAGCUGCAGGUUGGAGACAUUGUGAAGGUUAAACAGGAUACAUUUUUCCCUGCUGAUUUACUGUUCCUUGCCAGUACUAAUCCUGAUGGUGUCUGUUACAUUGAGACUUCAAAUCUUGAUGGUGAGACAAACUUGAAAAUUAGAAAAGCACUGGAGAAGACCUGGGAUCACCUACUUCCUGAGAAAGCUUCUGAAUUCAAAGGAGAAAUACAGUGUGAACAACCGAACAAUUCAUUAUACACUUUUACAGGAAAUCUAAUCAUAGAUAAGCAAACACUUCCCCUCUCUCCAAAUCAGUUGUUGUUAAGAGGUUGCAGCCUUCGAAACACAGAAUAUAUAGUUGGAGUCAUUAUUUUUACUGGACAUGAGACAAAAGUAAUGAUGAACUCUAUGAAUGUACCUUCCAAACGAAGUACCUUGGAAAGGAAACUUGACAAACUCAUCCUCGCGCUUUUUGGUGGUCUAUUCUUCAUGUGUCUUGUUGGAGCCAUUGGCAGUGGAAUUUUUAUCAACCGGAAAUAUUUCUAUCUUGGUCUCAGUGGGCAUGUUGAGGAUCAGUUUAACCCUAGCAACAAAUUUGUGGUAACCAUUCUGACAAUGUUUACCUUGAUAACAUUGUACUCAACAAUCAUUCCCAUUUCUCUUUAUGUUUCUAUCGAGAUGAUCAAAUUUAUCCAGUGUGCUCAGUUUAUUAACAAAGAUUUGCAUAUGUACCAUGCUGAAAGCAACACCCCUGCAUUAGCUCGUACGUCAAAUCUGAAUGAGGAACUUGGCCAGGUGGAGUACAUAUUUUCUGAUAAAACAGGAACAUUGACAAGGAACUUGAUGGAGUUCUUUAAAUGUUCUAUUGGCGGACAGAUGUAUGGAACUGGCAUUACUGAAAUAGAAAGAGGAAUUGCCCAACGUAAUGGAAUGAAAAUUGACGAGUCUCCAUCUUCUACAGCAGUCCACGAGAAGGGUUUCAAUUUUGAUGACCCUAGACUUAUGCGUGGUGCAUGGAGAAAUGAACAUGAUCCUGAAAUAUGCAAGGAAUUCUUCAGAUGCCUGGCAGUAUGCCAUACUGUGCUUCCAGAAGGUGAUGAAUCAUCUGAUAAGAUCACAUACCAGGCUGCCUCACCAGAUGAAGCUGCUCUUGUAACUGCAGCAAAGAACUUUGGAUUUUUCUUUUAUCGGCGCACACCAACUUCAAUCAUGGUUCGUGAGGCAAAUAUUGAAAAGGUGGGCAGCGUCGAAGAUGUAACAUAUGAGAUAUUAAAUGUUUUAGAAUUUAACAGCACAAGGAAAAGACAGUCUGUUGUUUGCCGUUAUCCAAAUGGCAGACUUGUAUUGUAUUGCAAGGGUGCUGACACGGUCAUCUAUGAGAGAUUAGCAUACAGAAACAAUGAAAUUAAAAAGCUAACCAGGGAACAUCUAGAACAGUUUGGCUCUUCUGGAUUGCGUACACUUUGCCUUGCCUAUCGAGAACUCACAACUGAACUAUAUGAAAAAUGGAAUGAGAAAUUUAUUCAAGCCAAAUCUUCCUUGCGAGAUCGUGAAAAGAAGCUUGAUGAGGUUGCGGAGCUUAUUGAGAAGGAUCUUGUACUAAUUGGUUGCACUGCUAUUGAAGACAAACUUCAAGAAGGUGUACCUUUGUGCAUAGAAACUCUAUCUAGAGCUGGCAUAAAGCUAUGGGUAUUAACUGGGGAUAAGAUGGAAACUGCUAUCAAUAUUGCGUAUGCAUGCAAUUUGAUUAACAAUGGGAUGAAACAAUUUAUCAUCAGUUCAGAAACAGAUCUGAUCAGAGAUGCUGAAGAUAGGGGCGAUCCUGUAGAAAUUGCACGCGUAAUCAAAGAUACUGUUAAGCAAGAACUGGACAGGUAUCUAGAGGAGGCGCAGCAAUCCCUCCGUUCUCCAUAUGAAGUCAAAUUGACUCUUAUAAUUGAUGGUAAAUGUUUGAUGUAUGCGUUGGAUCCAGUUUUGCGAGUUAGCCUUCUCAAGUUGAGCUUGAAUUGCAGUUCGGUAGUUUGCUGUCGUGUUUCUCCUCUGCAGAAAGCACAGGUUACUAGCUUGAUUAAGAAAGGCGCACGUAAAAUCACUUUAAGUAUAGGCGAUGGUGCAAAUGAUGUGAGCAUGAUCCAAGCCGCUCAUGUUGGUGUUGGCAUAAGCGGACUUGAAGGAAUGCAAGCUGUAAUGGCUAGUGAUUUUGCAAUUGCCCAGUUUCGUUUUCUUUCAGAUUUACUUCUCGUACACGGUCGAUGGUCGUAUCUUAGAUUAUGCAAGGUCAUUACUUAUUUUUUCUACAAGAACCUUACCUUCACGUUGACUCAGUUUUGGUUCACCUUCCAAACUGGCUUUUCUGGUCAGAGAUAUUAUGAUGAUUGGUUCCAAUCACUUUAUAACGUCAUCUUUACUGCAUUGCCUGUAAUCAUUGUUGGAUUGUUUGACAAGGAUGUCAGCGCCUCCUUGUCAAAGAGAUACCCAGAACUUUAUAAAGCCGGAAUUCGUAACACAUUUUUUACGUGGAGAGUUGUGGCAGUAUGGGCAUUUUUUUCAAUAUAUCAGUCAUUGAUUAUCUAUUAUUUUACUGUAGCUUCGAGUUCUAAUGGUCAUAAUUCUGCUGGAAAGCUGUUUGGGCUUUGGGAUGUUAGCACCAUGUCCUUUACCUGCAUUGUUGUCACGGUCAACUUGCGCCUUCUCAUGGCAUGCAAUUCAAUAACUAGAUGGCACCAUAUAAGCGUUUGGGGCAGCAUUUUAGCCUGGUUUUUGUUCAUCUUCAUAUACUCGGGGAUAAUGACCCCGCGUGAUCGACAAGAAAAUGAAUACUUUGUUAUUUAUGUGCUCAUGAGCACAUUUUACUUUUAUCUCUCCUUAUCGCUAAUACCUGUUGUGGCGCUGCUGGGUGACUUUUUAUACCAAGGGGUUCAAAGGUUUAUGUUCCCCUAUGACUACCAGAUUGUUCAAGAGAUUCACAGAGAAGAUCCAGAAGAAACCAGGAGGCAAUUGCUGGAGGUUGGCCAUCACCUCACUCCAGAUGAAGCAAGGAGCUAUGCCAUUGCUCAGCUUCCUCGAGAGACGUCGAAGCACACCGGUUUCGCUUUCGACUCUCCGGGCUUCGAGUCAUUUUUCGCGUCCCAGGCAGGUGUUUUCGCUCCUCACAAGCCAUGGGAUGUGAUCCGUAGGGCUAGCAUUAAGUCAAAACAUAGAACAGCCAAACCCUGAUUCUUUUACCCAUCACUUCAAAAAAAAAAAAAAAAAAA